GGGGACCGAGAAGGGAAGAGAAGGGAGGGCUUCCCUGCGCCGCGCUCGCCCGGGUUUGCAGGCGCUGCUGGCGGCGGCGUCUCCAGCUCUCUGGCGGCGGCGGCGGCGGCUGCUCGCGCUCCACCGGCCCGCGAUGCUUCCCCGCGCCGCGCCGCGCUGAGGCCGUGCGUGCGCCGCCGGCUGCGCUGCGCGCUCCGCACAUACACAAUCUCUCCAUGUGAGCUGACAGGCGAUUGGAAACCCCUCUGAGUCACGCUGCCCAGUGGCGAAGGGAGCGCUCGCCCGCAGUGGCAACAGCACCACCGCCGUCCCCGCCGCUCUCCUUUUCUCUUCUGCAGCCUCCGCUCCUCUGAUUUUCCCCCACGUCCUUCGGCUAUUUUUUUCGAGAAGGAGAGGGCGGGGUAGGUGUCAGUCCCCUCCCCUCUCCCCCCUCCUUUUGCUUCUCGGUUUGAAUUUCUUCCCCCCGGCAUUUCACUGGCUCACAGAGCUGGAGACCAGACCCGCUCGGAGGGAAGAGGAAGGCUGAGUCUCCCCUGCUGCUCCAAGCCCAGAAGAACUGGAGCCUGGAGGGGUGAGGGGAGAAGCAGAGCCGGCGGGCGGGACUUGGCUUUCUCUCCUCUUUGAGGACAGCCCAUCUCCCCUGGAGAACCCCGCGGAGAGACGGACUGCAUCUCCGCAGCAAGCUUUUGGAGUACGGCUGCCCGGGAGGCGAGGAUGGUGGUGGCUCCGAGAGCCCGCUGCAGAGCGGCGCUUUCGCUCUGGAUUGUCAGCAGCUUCAUCUGCAGAGCCUGGACGGCUCCCUCCACGUCCCAAAAAUGUGAUGAGCCAUUGGUCUCUGGUCUCCCCCACAUGGCCUUCAGCAGCUCUUCCUCCAUGUCCAGCAGUUAUUCUCCGGGCUAUGCCAAGAUCAACAAGCGAGGAGGUGCUGGAGGAUGGUCUCCAUCCGACAGUGACCACUACCAGUGGCUUCAGGUUGACUUUGGCAACCGGAAGCAGAUCAGCGCCAUUGCAACCCAAGGGAGAUAUAGCAGCUCAGACUGGGUGACCCAGUACCGAAUGCUCUACAGCGACACGGGGAGAAACUGGAAGCCCUACCAUCAGGAUGGGAAUAUCUGGGCAUUUCCUGGCAACACCAAUUCCGAUGGCGUGGUCCGGCACGACCUGCAGCACCCGGUCAUCGCCCGCUACGUGCGCGUGGUGCCCCUGGACUGGAGCGGAGAGGGCCGCAUCGGGCUCCGCGUGGAGGUCUACGGCUGCGCCUACUGGGCCGAUGUCAUCAACUUCGACGGCCACGUCGUGUUACCAUAUAGAUUCAGAAACAAGAAGAUGAAAACUCUGAAAGACGUCAUUGCCUUGAAGUUUAAAACCUCGGAAAGCGAAGGGGUGAUCCUGCACGGAGAGGGGCAGCAGGGAGACUACAUUACUCUGGAACUGAAAAAAGCCAAGCUGGUCCUCAGUCUAAACCUAGGAAGCAACCAGCUGGGCCCCAUCUACGGCCACACAUCUGUGAUGACCGGAACCCUGUUGGAUGAUCAUCACUGGCACUCCGUGGUCAUUGAGCGACAGGGACGGAGCAUUAACCUCACACUGGACAGGAACAUGCAGCACUUCCGCACCAACGGGGAGUUCGACUAUCUUGACUUGGACUACGAGAUAACCUUUGGAGGCAUACCUUUCUCUGGAAAGCCAAGUUCCAGUAGUAGAAAGAAUUUUAAAGGCUGCAUGGAAAGCAUUAACUACAAUGGCAUCAACAUUACUGAUCUUGCCAGGAGGAAGAAGUUAGAGCCAUCAAAUGUGGGAAAUUUGAGUUUCUCCUGUGUGGAGCCCUAUACAGUGCCUGUCUUUUUCAACGCUACGAGUUACCUGGAGGUGCCUGGACGGCUUGAGCAGGACCUGUUUUCAGUCAGUUUCCAGUUCAGGACCUGGAACCCCAACGGUCUCCUGCUCUUUAGUCACUUUGCAGAUAAUUUGGGCAACGUGGAGAUCGACCUCACAGAAAGCAAAGUGGCCGUUCACAUCAAUGGCACGCAGACCAAGAUGAGUCAAAUUGAUAUUUCCUCAGGUUCUGGGUUAAAUGACGGACAGUGGCACGAGGUUCGUUUCUUAGCCAAGGAAAAUUUUGCUAUUCUCACCAUUGAUGGAGAUGAAGCAUCAGCUGUUCGAACAAAUAGUCCUCUUCAAGUUAAAACUAGCGAGAAAUACUUCUUUGGAGGUUUUCUGAACCAGAUGAAUAACUCAAGUCACUCUGUUCUUCAGCCUUCAUUCCAAGGAUGCAUGCAGCUCAUCCAAGUGGACGAUCAACUUGUAAAUCUAUACGAAGUGGCACAGAGGAAGCCAGGAAGCUUUGCAAAUGUCAGCAUCGACAUGUGCGCCAUCAUAGACAGAUGUGUGCCCAAUCACUGUGAGCAUGGGGGAAAGUGCUCGCAAACGUGGGACAGCUUCAGAUGCUCUUGUGAGGAGACAGGAUACAGCGGGGCCACCUGCCACAACUCUAUCUACGAGCCUUCCUGCGAAGCAUACAAACACCUAGGCCAGACAUCCAAUUACUACUGGAUAGAUCCUGAUGGUAGUGGGCCUCUGGGGCCUCUGAAAGUUUACUGCAACAUGACAGAGGACAAAGUGUGGACCAUCGUGUCUCACGACUUGCAGAUGCAGACGACUGUGGUGGGCUACAGCCCAGAGAAGUACUCUGUGACCCAGCUCAUCUACAGCGCCUCCAUGGAUCAGAUCAGCGCCAUCACCAGCAGCGCAGAGUACUGUGAGCAGUACGUCUCCUACUUCUGCAAGAUGUCCAGGCUGCUGAACACCCCAGAUGGAAGUCCCUACACGUGGUGGGUCGGCAAAGCCAAUGAGAAGCACUACUACUGGGGGGGCUCCGAGCCCGGGAUCCAGAAGUGCGCCUGCGGCAUCGAGCGCAACUGCACGGACCCCAAGUACUACUGCAACUGCGACGCCGACUACAAGCAGUGGAGGAAGGAUGCCGGCUUCUUAUCCUACAAAGAUCACCUGCCGGUGAGCCAGGUGGUGGUUGGAGAUACCGACCGGCAAGGUUCAGAGGCCAAACUGAGUGUGGGUCCCCUGCGCUGCCAAGGAGACAGGAACUACUGGAACGCGGCCUCUUUCCCAAACCCGUCGUCCUACCUGCACUUCUCUACAUUCCAAGGGGAAACCAGUGCUGACAUUUCUUUCUACUUCAAAACCUUAAUCCCCCGGGGAGUGUUCCUGGAAAAUCUGGGGAACACAGAUUUCAUCAAGCUGGAGCUGAAGUCUGCCACAGAAGUGUCCUUUUCGUUUGAUGUUGGGAAUGGGCCGGUGGAGAUCGUAGUAAGGUCGCCCUCUCCUCUCAACGAUGACCAGUGGCACCGGGUCACUGCAGAGAGGAACGUCAAGCAGGCUAGCCUGCAGGUGGACCGGCUGCCCCAGCAGAUCCGCAAGGCCCCGACGGAAGGUCACACCCGCCUGGAACUCUACAGCCAGCUGUUCGUGGGUGGCGCUGGAGGGCAGCAAGGCUUUCUGGGUUGCAUCCGCUCCUUGAGGAUGAAUGGAGUGACACUUGACCUGGAGGAAAGAGCCAAGGUCACAUCCGGGUUCAAAUCUGGAUGCUCGGGCCACUGCACCAGCUAUGGGACCAACUGUGAGAACGGAGGCAAAUGCAUAGAAAAAUACCAUGGCUACUCCUGCGAUUGCUCCAACACGGCCUACGAUGGGACCUUUUGCAACAAAGAUGUUGGUGCAUUUUUUGAAGAGGGGAUGUGGCUUCGGUAUAACUUCCAGGCACCUGCAGUCAGUUCCAAAGACUCAGGCGGCAGAGCAGAGAACUCUCUGGACCAGCAGCACUCGGGCCCAGACCUGGCCCAGGAGCAGAUCCAUUUCAGCUUCAGCACCACCAGGGCACCCUGCAUCCUCCUCUACGUCAGCUCUCUCACCACAGACUUCUUGGCAGUUCUCGUCAAACCCACGGGAAACUUGCAGAUUCGGUACAACCUGGGAGGCACCAGAGAGCCGUACAACAUUGACGUGGACCACAGGAACAUGGCCAACGGACAGCCCCACAGCGUCAACAUCACCCGUCAGGAGAAGACCAUAAUUCUCAAGCUUGAUCAUUAUCCUUCUGUGACUUACCAUCUGCCAAGUUCAUCCGACACACUCUUCAAUUCUCCCAAGUCACUCUUUCUUGGAAAAGUUAUAGAAACAGGGAAGAUUGACCAGGAGAUUCACAAAUACAACACCCCAGGAUUCACGGGCUGCCUCUCCAGAGUCCAGUUCAACAACAUCGCCCCGCUCAAGGCUGCGUUGAGGCAGACAAACACCUCGGCCCAGGUGCACAUCCAGGGCGAGCUGGUCGAGUCCAACUGCGGGGCCUCCCCGCUGACACUCUCCCCCAUGUCGUCCGCCACCGACCCCUGGCACCUUGAUCACUUGGAUUCAGCUAGUGCUGAUUUCCCAUACAAUCCAGGACAAGGACAAGCUAUAAGAAAUGGAGUGAACAGAAACUCAGCUAUCAUUGGAGGGGUCAUUGCCGUGGUGAUCUUCACCAUCCUCUGCACCUUGGUCUUCCUCAUCCGGUACAUGUUCCGUCACAAGGGCACCUACCACACCAACGAAGCCAAGGGAGCCGAGUCCGCAGAGAGCGCCGACGCGGCCAUCAUGAACAACGACCCCAAUUUCACAGAGACCAUUGAUGAGAGCAAAAAGGAAUGGCUCAUUUGAGGGGUGGCAGUUUGCCUAUGGGAUAGGGAGGGGGGACUGGUAGGGAGAAGAGAAAGGGACAAGAGCACCCCGCUUCAUACUCCUGAGCACAUCCUUAAAAUAUCAGCACAAGUUGGGGAAGGCAAGCGACAGAAUAUUCUUGAGACUGAUCACUAUAAAAAUAAUUUUUAAUAUUUCUUUAUAGCUGAGUUCCCCCUUCCGUAUCAAAACAAAAUAAUACAGAAAAUGCUUUUAGAGUUUAAGCAAUGGUUGAAUUUGUAGGUAAUAUCUGUCUUAUUUUGUGCGUGUUUAGAGGUGUUCUAAAAACCCGUGGUAACAGGGCAAGUUUUCUACAUUUUUAAGAGCCCUUAGAAUGUGGAUAUUUUUUCUUGAGAAAAACUGAUGUACAUCCAUACAGCCUCCAACGUUCUCUUAAUUUUGCAUAGAGUCAGCUUUUAAUGGGCUGUGGUAGUAACUAGUUUGUGUUCACAUAAUAUUUCUUUUUGGUGUCCUAUAAAUUGGAAAAGAAAAGAAAAGGACAAGGAGUUUUUAAAGAGCCCUCUCACUCGAUGCCACUUCUCUGAGGCCUCUAGCCCCCACGGCGACUGGAGGGAGACGUGUGUGGCACCUAUCGGGUAUGGACGCCAUCGACACGACUGGAGAGAGCGCCAAAGAACCAGGGAACGGCGGGCACAUUGGGUUGUUGGUUUUAUUUUUCAUGGAAUUCUAUGAGAUAAUAUUGUCCCAUGUACGUAGUCUUAGAGCUUCUCCAUAUCUGUUAACUAUCAGCUCCAAUACCGUGGUGACCAACUGUUACAAAAGAUCUUUCCUGUUUGACCUGCAGCACGUCGGAUGGCAUUGUAUGUAUAGACGCACCUCAGUGGGGAAUUAGAGCCAGAUGGUAUGAUUUGUUUGCUGUUUUUCUUUUAUAGCUGUAGCAAAAGUAUGGACACUUCCUAGUGAAUGCACAUAUUAGGUUGCUUUUCUUACUUUGCUUCAAAUCUCAAGUUUUCUACCCCUGUGAUAAAAUCCUAGCAGAUAGAGCCCUCUGAAUGACACAACACAAUAAAGCCAACUUAUUAUUGCUGGUACUCUGGAAUCGUGUGGGAAACACUGCCAUAUUUUUAUCAACUACACCACGUGUCGUUCCAUCCAAAACAGACGCACUGCCAUGAUUCAGAGAUCUUCUGUGACCGACACAUUUGAAUCUCAAGUUCAUCACAAACCCGGUUGCUUCUCAGAGAAUGGACAUGUCGAGUCAAUCACACCUCCUAGCUUAACUUAUUCCAACAAAUAGCUCGUGGAUUUUGCUUGAAAUAAUAGACUUCAUGUGAACAGAUGGGUGCAAUGCCUCCUAUUGCAGUACCCAAAAGAGAAUUUAAUAUAUAUAUUUCUUUAAAAGGAUUAUGCAAGAGUUAUUUCUAGAAUGACUACCAUUCAAGACUUAUACUCAAUAAGCUCUUCUUAAACAAAUCUGUAGACACCCCCCUCCUGAACGUGAUGAAGGAUUACUUGCUCACUCUUCCUUCUUCUCCUGGAAGGAGGCUAAGAUGAGGUUUAAAAGGUGUGGACACUAUUUCUGCUGGUCUGGCUCAAUAAAUGGAGAUUCUAGUUGGUUAGAUUCUGUAUGCCUAACUUACUGAAGGAUAUGAAUUGAUCAGCUCAUGGAAAACCUUGUUCAGAGCUGCCAGUGACACACUACGCCAGAAUGUGACCCAUUCCAAAGGGGACAAUGGACCAGCUCAGCCCCCUGUGAGCCAAGGUAACAGAACAAAAGGGUGUUGGUCCUGAGGCCCUCUCACCGUUUCUCAUUGACCCCAGACUCUCCCACAAACACUUUAAGUUUAGGAAAUCUUGAUCAGGCUUCCAUAAAAUACACUUAAAUAGAAAAGUAUUUAAUCUGACUAAAUAUUAAAGUGAUACAACAUUUAUUUACGAAUGACAUAUUGAAAGCAAAGGCCAUUUUAUUUCACCAAGAUGACUACCAUUAAGGGUUCCUUUAUGUAGUCUCAUAUUUUUUUUAUUCUUUUUUUUU